UCUUUUAAUCAUCAUGGGCGUUGUGACUUUUGAAGGGCAGAAUGAGGGCUCAUCAGUCCCACCAGCCAAGUUGUUCAAGAUGAUGGUCCUCGAAGCUGAACGGUAUAUUCCCAAAGUCGUGCCUGGGCUUUUCAAAGGUCUUGACAAUCUCCAAGGAGAAGGAGGAUCUGGUACUGUCAGGCACGUUAAUUUUUCUGAAGGCUAUCAAUUUAGUCAUUUGAAGCAGACACUUGAUGGAAUAGAUGAAGAGAACUUUAUAUUUGACUACUCUAUAGUUGGAGGCGAUCCUGCUUUUAUAGAUACUACAAAAGUUGAGAAAAUGUCUUUCCAGGUUAAGUUUGAAACUUCUCCUAAUGGAAGAAAUAUUAGCAAGCGAAGCUGCAAGGCAUAUACUGUUGAUGGCGUUGAAGUCAAUGAAGAUGAAAUAAGGGCUUUUCUAGAAAAGACUAAUCAAACCUUUUUUGAAACAGUGAAGAUUUAUGAAGCCUAUGCCUUGGCAAAUCCUGAUGAUGUCUAACUUAAUUGAUUCAAUAAGCCUUAUGUGCAGUUAUAAGAAAUUUGGGUUUUGCUAUUUUGUUGCCAAAUUCAUGUUUGUCUCCCUUAAUUUAAAAUUUUUAGUUUCGUCGCUGUUUAUGCAA